UCGUCCGAGCCGAAGCAGGUUUGAAACUGGGAGUUGGGCUCGGCCCUCGUUGUCUCUCGCUGCGGGCCCUCUUCCGGGCUAGGCCGUCCUUGCCCGCCCCCGCCCCGCCUCCCUUCGGACCCCUGGGUUCCAGGCCAGGCUCCCUUCCCGAUUGGCGCCCCCGCCCUCAGCAGCCCGCUGCCGUCCCGGUCCGCACUGCGGCCCCGCCGCCGCCACCAUGUCCCUGCACGGCAAACGGAAGGAGAUCUACAAGUAUGAAGCGCCCUGGACCGUCUACGCCAUGAACUGGAGCGUGCGGCCCGACAAGCGCUUUCGCCUGGCGCUGGGCAGCUUCGUGGAGGAGUACAACAACAAGGAAAGUGGGAAGAAUAAGAGUACCUACCUCAUGGAGAUGUUGAGAGGAUUAAAUGAGGUCCAGCUUGUUGGUUUAGACGAAGAGAGUUCGGAGUUUAUUUGCCGGAACACCUUCGACCAUCCGUACCCCACCACAAAGCUCAUGUGGAUCCCUGACACAAAAGGCGUCUAUCCAGACCUGCUGGCGACGAGUGGCGACUAUCUCCGCGUGUGGAGGGUUGGUGAAACAGAGACCAGGCUGGAAUGUUUGCUAAACAAUAACAAGAACUCGGAUUUCUGUGCUCCUCUGACCUCCUUUGACUGGAAUGAGGUGGAUCCUUAUCUUUUAGGUACCUCCAGCAUUGACACGACGUGUACCAUAUGGGGGCUGGAGACCGGGCAGGUGUUGGGGCGAGUGAAUCUUGUGUCCGGCCAUGUGAAGACCCAGCUGAUUGCCCAUGACAAAGAGGUCUAUGAUAUUGCAUUUAGCCGGGCCGGAGGCGGCAGGGACAUGUUUGCCUCUGUGGGUGCUGAUGGCUCGGUGCGGAUGUUUGACCUCCGUCAUCUAGAGCACAGCACCAUCAUUUACGAAGACCCACAGCAUCACCCACUGCUUCGCCUCUGCUGGAACAAGCAGGACCCCAACUACCUGGCCACCAUGGCCAUGGACGGAAUGGAGGUAGUGAUUCUGGACGUUCGAGUUCCCUGCACGCCUGUCGCCAGGUUAAACAACCACCGAGCAUGUGUCAAUGGCAUUGCUUGGGCCCCACAUUCAUCCUGCCACAUCUGUACUGCAGCGGAUGACCAUCAGGCCCUCAUCUGGGACAUCCAGCAAAUGCCUCGGGCCAUCGAGGACCCUAUCCUGGCCUACACAGCCGAGGGAGAGAUCAACAACGUGCAGUGGGCGUCGACUCAGCCCGACUGGAUUGCCAUCUGCUACAACAACUGCCUGGAGAUACUCAGAGUGUAGUGUCGGUGGCGCCGUGCCCACGAGGCAGGGGCUUGUGUGUUUCCCGCCUCUGUCCCACCCCCAAAGUAAGAAGAAACAUGUUUCCGGUGGCCAGUACGUCUUUCAUUGCUUUGCACCCACUGUUCCCAGAAGCUGCUCUAGGAGUUCCCGGCCAGUCGCCCCACUGCUCUCUGGGCCGGACUCAGUGCCGUGUGGCGCCUCCUCAGCCCAAGGCUGAGUUUUAAGAUUUUCUCUCUUUUCCUCAUGUCCUUUGGUUCCUCAAUUAAAAAUUUCUGUAUA